CUUGAUUCCCCACUUCACCUCCGUCUCCACCUUUCGUGGUGCCUCUACCCAUUUCUCACUCCCUGCUUCUCCUGCCUUUCCUCCCUGCUUUUCCUCCCUGCCUUUCCUCUCUCACGUGCCUCCAGACCUGCCCCCGACGUGCUCCCUCCUUCCCCUCAGCCUGGCCACCCCAGAGUCUCCCACUCCCAAUCGUGUGUCCACCUCCUGCUCCCACAGACGACUUGGAAGCUGGUGACAGGGAGCAUGUGACUCGGACAGAGGGGGAAGACGGUGGGGCCUCCCCACCUGCCCCGCAGAAGAUGCAGUUCUUCGGCCGCCUGGUCAAUACCCUCAGUGGCGUCACCAACUUGUUCUCUAACCCAUUCCGGGUGAAGGAGGUGGCUGUGGCCGACUAUACCUCGAGUGACCGAGUUCGGGAGGAAGGGCAGCUGAUUCUGUUCCAGAACACUCCCAACCGCACCUGGGACUGCGUCCUGGUCAACCCCAGGAACUCACAGAGUGGAUUCCGACUCUUCCAGCUGGAGUUGGAGGCUGACGCCCUGGUGAAUUUCCGGCAGUAUUCUUCCCAGCUGCUACCCUUCUAUGAGAGCUCCCCUCAGGUCCUGCACACUGAGGUCCUGCAGCACCUGACCGACCUCAUCCGUAACCACCCCAGCUGGUCAGUGGCCCACCUGGCCGUGGAGCUAGGGAUCCGCGAGUGCUUCCAUCACAGCCGUAUCAUCAGCUGUGCCAAUUGCACGGAGAACGAGGAGGGCUGCACACCACUGCACCUGGCCUGCCGCAAGGGUGAUGGGGAGAUCCUGGUGGAGCUGGUGCAGUACUGCCACGCUCAGAUGGAUGUCACCGACUACAAGGGAGAGACCGUCUUCCAUUAUGCUGUCCAGGGUGACAAUUCUCAGGUGCUGCAGCUCCUUGGAAAGAACGCAGUGGCUGGCCUGAACCAGGUGAAUAACCAAGGGCUGACCCCGCUGCACCUGGCCUGCCAGCUGGGGAAGCAAGAAAUGGUCCGCGUGCUGCUGCUGUGCAACGCUCGGUGCAACAUCAUGGGCCCCAACGGCUACCCCAUCCACUCGGCCAUGAAGUUCUCUCAGAAGGGGUGUGCGGAGAUGAUCAUCAGCAUGGACAGCAGCCAGAUCCACAGCAAAGACCCCCGUUACGGAGCCAGCCCCCUCCACUGGGCCAAGAACGCAGAGAUGGCCCGCAUGCUGCUGAAACGGGGCUGCAACGUGAACAGCACCAGCUCUGCGGGGAACACGGCCCUGCACGUGGCGGUGAUGCGCAACCGCUUCGACUGCGCCAUAGUGCUGCUGACCCACGGGGCCAACGCGGAUGCCCGCGGAGAGCACGGCAACACCCCGCUGCACCUGGCCAUGUCGAAAGACAACGUGGAGAUGGUCAAGGCCCUCAUUGUGUUUGGAGCAGAAGUGGACACCCUGAAUGACUUUGGGGAGACUCCUGCAUUCCUAGCCUCCAAGAUCAGCAGACUUGUCACGAGGAAGGCGAUCUUGACUCUGCUGAGAACCGUGGGGGCCGAAUACUGCUUCCCACCCAUCCACGGGGUCCCCGCAGAGCAGGGCUCUGCAGCGCCACGUCAUCCCUUCUCCCUGGAAAGGGCUCAGCCACCACCAAUCAGCCUAAACAACCUAGAACUGCAGGAUCUCAUGCACAUCUCGCGGGCCCGGAAGCCAGGGUUCAUCCUGGGCUCCAUGAGGGACGAGAAGCGGACCCAUGACCACCUGCUGUGCCUGGACGGAGGAGGAGUGAAAGGCCUCGUCAUCAUCCAGCUCCUCAUCGCCAUCGAGAAGGCCUCGGGUGUGGCCACCAAGGACCUGUUUGACUGGGUGGCAGGCACCAGCACUGGAGGCAUCCUGGCCCUGGCCAUUCUGCACAGUAAGUCCAUGGCCUACAUGCGCGGCGUGUACUUUCGCAUGAAGGAUGAGGUGUUCCGGGGCUCCAGGCCCUAUGAGUCAGGGCCCCUGGAGGAGUUCCUGAAGCGGGAGUUUGGGGAGCACACCAAGAUGACAGACGUCAAGAAACCCAAGGUGAUGCUGACAGGGACACUGUCUGACCGGCAGCCGGCUGAACUCCACCUCUUCCGGAACUACGAUGCUCCAGAAACUGUCCGGGAGCCUCGUUUCAACCAGAAUGUUAACCUCAGGCCUCCAGCUCAGCCCUCAGACCAGCUGGUGUGGCGGGCAGCCCGAAGCAGCGGGGCAGCUCCUACUUACUUCCGACCCAAUGGGCGCUUCCUGGACGGCGGGCUGCUGGCCAACAACCCCACGCUGGAUGCCAUGACCGAGAUCCAUGAGUACAAUCAGGACCUGAUCCGCAAGGGUCAGGCCAACAAGGUGAAGAAACUCUCCAUCGUUGUCUCCCUGGGGACAGGGAGGUCCCCACAGGUGCCUGUGACCUGUGUAGAUGUCUUCCGUCCCAGCAACCCCUGGGAACUGGCCAAGACUGUUUUUGGGGCCAAGGAACUGGGCAAGAUGGUGGUGGACUGUUGCACGGAUCCAGACGGGCGGGCUGUGGACCGGGCGCGGGCGUGGUGCGAGAUGGUUGGCAUCCAGUACUUCAGAUUGAACCCCCAGCUGGGGACGGACAUCAUGCUGGAUGAGGUCAGUGACACAGUGCUGGUCAACGCCCUCUGGGAGACUGAGGUCUACAUCUAUGAGCACCGCGAGGAGUUCCAGAAACUCAUCCAGCUGCUGCUCUCACCCUGAGGGUCCCCGGCCUCUCACCAGCCCCAGCUGACCUCGUCCAUUCAGCCCCUGCCAGGCCAGGCCCAGCCACUGCCCUCCCGGGCAGAUCUGGGCCCAGGCACCUCUGAGUCCGUAGACCAGGCCUGGGAGAGUGCCAAGCUGCCUGCCCGAGGCUGGUUCUGAAGGCCUCUCUCCCACUAACCCCGCCUUCCAGCACUUUCCGUCAUUCCAGGCUGGGAAAGUCUAGAGCCCCCUUUGGCCCCUUUCCCUGACUGUCAGGGACAACUGACUCCCCAUCAGCUCAAACAUUAAGGGUACCCGGGCACAACCGUACCCCUGCCCCCAGCCCCAGCCUCCCUGAGGGCCUGCGGGGCUGCCUCUGCCCCAGCCCCCAGCAAGGGCACUCCCAGGCUUCCUGGUGGGUGCAGCCCACUCCCUCUGCCCUCUGUUCCGUUCCCUGGGCCUGGGACUAGAGAAACGGGGUGUCCCCCACCCCAUCAGCUGGGAAAGCCCAGGCCGCAGGAGUGGGAUGCCUGUUCGACUUUGCCCCUCGCACUGGCCCAGCCCCUCACACUGCCCCACCCCGAGAACUCCCAGCUCUCAAAGGUCACUCCUGGGAGUUUCUUCUUCCCAGUAGAAGUGGCUUAAGAGCCAAAACUGUGAAAUAAACCAUUUGGAUUCAAGUUCA